GGAGGGGCGAGCGAGAGCAGGCUGCGUGCUGCGGCGCCCGGGCUAUAAAGGCUGCCGAUCGGCCUGGACGGCGCAUCCCGGCAAGUCGGACUCUGAGCAGGCCCGGAGACUCUGUAAACAAUGGGAAGCAAAGGAUUCAUCCUGCUCGGGCUCCUGCUCGUCCUGUCCAUCCUUUGUCAUUCAGGUCAUAGUCUGCAGUGCUACAGCUGCUUCAACUCAGGUGGUGUGUGUACUCGUGUCUCCAACUGCUCAUCUAACUUGGAUGCAUGUCUUUCCCUGUUUGGCGAUGUACAAACGCACUACCAGUGUUGGUUAUUUGCUAAUUGCAAUUUCAAACACCUUUCUGAACAAUUCGGAGAGAGUAAGCUACGUUACGAGUGCUGCCAGAAGGACCUGUGUAACAGAAGUGGUGGGACGAGUAUCACCGGGACCACCGUUCUGCUGGUGACUCCGCUGCUCACCGCAUUCUGGAGACUUUUUAUGUAAAUUGAUACCAGGAGAGAUUCUCCUGAACUCCCUGUUGCUGUACAAUUCCUUAUUUCCUUUGCUGCCACAUUCCAAAAGCUUUAUAUUCUCCAGCUGGAUCCUAUUGGGAAAAUCUAAAACUAGCUUAAGCAACUUGAAUACGAGCAAGAGACAGAGAGACUCAAACUAUAGACCAGUCCUAUUUGCAGGGAAGCCCAUUUGAGGGAGGAAGUUUAAGGGUGAAGUGUGUGUGCUGUGAGCUGGGUUACACGCUUUGUCCUCUGCUCUUUGCAGUGACAGCUUGACUAGAUUCCCUGCAGUCAUCUGCUAGCCCCCCUCUCGCUCCUCGGAUGUAGUUAAAUAGUAUGAUGGGCACUUGGUGGGGGCGGAUUGGGGCAGAGGGGUUGUCUUCAACAAUCUCCCAGGGAAUGCUCUCAUCUUCUCUGUUUCUGAUCCCUGUGUUGCCACGGAGGCGUGAUGAAUGCUCCAGAUGUGGCUGUCAGUCAGGGCAGCAAGCUUCGAAAUGCAGAGUGAUCGGAAUGACUGUUACGUCCUCAACUAGGUGUCUGGCAGAGUAGGAGGCAAGCUUGCCAGAAGCCAGGGCAUAGAAACAGCAGGUCCUUAGAGAGGUACCACUGGCUGAAAUCUGAAUCUUCUUCUGCCUCUAAAUUCUGCAUGAGCUUUGCACUCUUUCUCCAGAAAAACUUAACCACGUAAACUAAUAAUGUGUUCAAACUGUUCCCCUCCCUUUUUUCAUUGGAGUGAUGCUAUAUUUUCAUUUUGUCAAACACAGUUCAAGAUUAAAUAUCUGAACCUUCUGUGCUA